AUGGCUCUUGGCUCCUCCCGAGCUGUACCGCCGGCCUCGUCGCCUUCGCCUGCUGCUGCCUGCGUCGCCGCUCGCCCGCUCGGCUCCGCGCCGCCCCGCGCCUCCGCUCGCCCGCCAAGCUCACGCGCCGACCCGCGCUCGCUCGGCCCCGCUGGCCCCACGCCGCCGCGCUCUCCGGCCCCUCGCCGUCGCGCGCUCGCCGGCCUCAUGCGCCGCUACGCGCCGCUCAGCCCCGACUCUGUGCCGCCGUGCCCUUCCGGCGCCACCCAUGCCAUGGCCGCUCGAGCCCCGCCAGGGCAGUCCGCCGUCGCGCGAAUAGCCACCGAUUCCGGCGACCAACAGCCAAUUCCAACGAGGAUGUGCUUCUCUCAGUAG